UGGAAAAAAUGGAGCCCUAUGCUUUAACGACCUCGAAAAUGAUGGAGUCUACCGGGGAUAAAAAAAUAAAAAAACUAUAGGAAAGGACAAAUUAGAAAGUUCAGGCCAUUAAUUGCAAACUUAUAUUAGCCAGCACCAAAACACAAUCCCCUACGAUUUUAUUCUUCCCACUUUUUCUCUAAAACCCAAAACCCAGAUAUUAAAUGCAGCAAUAUCUGUGAUUUUACGAGAAGAUAUGGAAUCCACAUUGUCCAAAAAAGAAGAUGUGGAGUCUUUGUUGAAGGCUCGAUCACCAGCGGUGGCAAACACAACCCAGGCAGCAGUAGCAGAGGAGAAACCGAAAACGCAGUCGUCGACCAGUAGUUUUGACAAAUUUUGGGGAAGACUUACUCAAUGUUAUGUAUAAUUAUCUGCAUCCAAAAAACUGCGGAGAAACUGAAAACGCAGUCGAUGAUAAUACAUGCGUUCAAAAUGCUGAGAACAAAAUGAGAACGCAGUCGUCCUCCAAUAAGAUCAUGCCACGGCAGGCUGAUUGCAGCAGUUCUGAGGAGUAUGAUGAGAAAUAUAAAGAAAUUGUUGAGGCAUCCGAGGGUUUCAUUUCAUCUCCGUGUUCAACGUCCACAAAAAUGGGUAGCAUCUUGCCAUGUCCAGUCAAUGCACUCGUUAAAAAGGCUGCUAAUUUUGCCAUUGAGUAGCAUAACAAAAAGACGGGUGCAAAUAUAGAACUUUCGAUGGUUGUCAAAGCUAAUAUGCAAUUUCUGGAUGAUGGUCUAGUGUUCUAUUUGACAUUGCAAACACUGGAUGGAGAUCAUAUAGUUUUUAAGGAAGCUAAAGUGUGUGAAUACAUUGACACUGAUCAUUGUUAUGAACUGAGUAUUUUCAGGAAUGCUAUCUACUACGAUAAAAUAAAAGAAGGGAGUCCACAAAGGUAUCAGGAGUGCAGAUCACAGGACAUUUCCACUCAAAAGUGUGCUUUUUUCAAUGCUCAUAAGGAUGAGGAAUGGUUGAAAAAUAAAUAUCAUCCUUCAAAUUUACUUCGCUUCUUUGAAAGGAGAAAUAGACACGCUCAGGAGAUCGCGAAGGAAUUUUUAUUUUAUCUAUCAAGAGGAAUAGUCAACUUGAGUCCAAGUGCUACUGCAUUCUAUGCAAGCAAAGUGAAUUUUCAGACUAGUCAGCCAAACUCUUAUGAGAAAGCUGGAGAAAAGAGACGGAGGCUUGAUAAAGAUCAAGAUGAAGAAAGUGAAUUUUCAGCUGCGCUGAAGGCCCACCCUGUCAGUUGUCUGCCUAGACGAAUACAAUCAGAUAUUGAACAAGCCUUUGCCCUCAUACAAAAACUUGACAGUGAAAAAGGGAUUGAAGACAAUAUUAUUUGCAAUAUUGACUUCUAUGGAGAAUUUCAUUCUGAAUCUAUGUUUCAAGUUCUUAUUGUCAAAUGUUUAACAGGUGAGAGGGUCCUAUAUGGAAUUGAACUUCUGGACACACUUCUCACGUAUCUUUGGCGCAUCCAUGGUGUAAAUUAUUAUGGCAUGAUUGAAAGUGAUGAACCUAAAGGUUUUAGGCAUGUGAGGUCAGAUGGUAAAAAUCAUACAGAAACCCUUGAGGCUGGGGUUGUGUGGGAAAAGAAACUUGACACAUUUUGGCAAAAACGAUUGAGUGGUCAGCAUCCCAUGGAAGCUAUGAUAGGCAAGGAGAAAAUUGAUGCGGCAUACGUUGAAGCUUCAGAUCUAUAUGUUAGGAAAAUAGCUGAUGAAAAUGAAGGAUGGAAGUAUGGUUGUGAAGCCAACGAUUGUACAGAACUUUUCAAUUCUGCUGAAUGUGUGCGUGAACAUCUGAAGCUGGAACACCCUGAACUUGUGAUGGAACUCACUUCAAAAGUGUGUCAGGAUCUAUAUUUCCAUAACUACAUGAAUGAUCCGGAUGCUCCUGGUGGGACCCUCUAACUGUUGCAGAUUUCUCUUUUGGCACAAAGAUGAGCUAAACAGUGGCAUCGAAGGCCUAGCGAUUCACUUUUAACUUUAAGGUGUAUUUAAGUUCACUUUUAACUUUGGGUCUAUUUAGGUUCGAACGAUCUUUUUAUAUGGCAAACAUUUUUGUUGCCGCUGUCAUCAGCCAACUACGAAUGUCCAUGUUUGAAUAUGUCACAUAUUUGUUAGUUACAGUAGUUCGUAGUUUUUAUUUUAUAAAUUUUUUGUUUGUAUUUA